AUGAGCAAGCAGACAGAGACUGAGGCAAAGGUUGCGGAGAUAGUAAAGAAGCAGAUUGGAAAUAAUGGAAUCAAGCAAGAGAUGUAUGAGAUGAUAUCGAUACAGACUGUGGUGUGUGAUGCAGGAGAGAAUGUGUUGGUUGUGAAGGUUCCGAAGGUGAUACUAAAAGAAGUGCAUAUGAGCUAUGGAAAUGUGGUGAAGGCAAUCAAGCAGCAGUUCCAUGACUACUUUGUUAUGUUUAUUAGAAACUUUGAAGCAGAGUGCAAGAAUGGCGAGGCAAUUAAGCAGGGGUAUUCGGAGAGAGAAAGCAACUGGAUUGCAAAUGCAUGUUUUCCGUACCUGCUUACUGGGAUACGUACAGAUGUGUAUAGCAUCAACGAGUCUGUUACAAACAUUCUUCUUGAGGCCCGAGCUGCGUUUAGCAAGGCUGAGAUGGACACUAUAGGAGCAGUGCUGAGCGAACUGCUUAAGAAGAGAUUUGUUGUUGAUGUCAAUCACCAUACGAAGAAUUAA